GGCGCGCGCGCAGACCUGGGGGCGGGCGGAAGGUUUGAACUUUUUCGGUGUCGCGGGCUGUUGGGUUGACUGUAGCUUCUCGUAGAACUGUCGGUAUUGCCCUAGGGGUUCCUGGGGAGGAGGAGGGGCACGGAACUAAUACACGCUCUAGUCAGCUGCCUCCCGCCAGAAUUGUCCUUUUUGCAUCCGGCACAAUUCCCCCAUACACACACCCUUCCACCACCCGGGGGAAGCAGGUAUUCAUUUUUCCCAGGAUAAGAGUGUUUUGAGGCCAUGUCUGGGACUCCCUUCAGAUCCUGCUUCAGGUCUGACUGCAGAGAGAAGUUGAACUUCUUUCUAGAGAAAGAUGCUUCCUUUUCCUUUUACUCAGAAUUUCCCCAAACCCCAUCUAGCAAGUUAUUUGUUGAUUCUGGAAACAUCAGUUCUUCGACAGGAGCAACUCCAAAGCGUUGCCUGGACCUGUCAAAUAUUAGCAUUGAGGAGACGGCUGCCAUCCAUCCUACCACGUCACCAGACCUCGACAAAGCUGGUAACUUGGACUCUUCAGGACCUCAGGAAGUACAAUUAGCUGGAAUGGGUCAUCGUCAGCAUAUUAGGAAAUGCAUCUCUGCACAGCUACUGUGUAGCACUCCCACUGCCCUAGGUUCCUUCUGCCGAAAGACAGGUGCAACAGAUUGCUCCUCCUCAGACAAAGAAAACGAGAAUGGCUUUAUAGAAUACUCUAGAAGGCCAACACUCAGAUCCUUAAGACUUCAAGAAAGAUCAAGAAGACCCCUCUUGUCUCCUCUUUCUCUACUAGACAACAGAAGCUCUGUGGAAGGUGAAAUAAAUGAUCUGGGAAGCCCUAUUACCAGAAUCCCACUGCAUCAGGAUGGGGAGGAAGGCCGGGCAGGGGAGACUUCACUUGAGUUAAUCGAGUUUUUCCCUGAUGAGCAAGAAGCCAAGGAAUCAGAUAUAAAGAAGACAGUUUCACUCAGUGAUGGUAAUGCCAUUCAGAUCAUGGGGAAGAAUUCUGACCCGAGGCAGUUAAUAGGUGAUUUCACCAAGAUCUAUGUACUACCCAUAGUGACAGGAAAACAUCAAGAUCUGAAGUACAUCAAUCCGGAGACGGUGGCUGCUCUAUUGUGGGGACAGCUACAAGACCUGAUUGAGAAGUUUUAUAUUAUUGAUUGCCGCUACCCAUAUGAGUACCAAGGAGGUCAUAUCCAGGGAGCUCUGAACCUGCAUAGUCAGGAAGAGCUACGUAAUUUCUUCCUGAAGAAGCCUUUUCUUCCUUCCAAUACCCAGAAAAGAAUAAUCAUCGUGUUUCAUUGUGAAUUCUCCUCCGAAAGAGGCCCCCGAAUGUGCCGCUAUCUAAGAGAAGAAGACAGAGCUCUGAACAAGUACCCUGCACUACACUACCCUGAGAUAUACAUCCUCAAGGGAGGCUACCGAGACUUCUUCCUGGAAUAUGUGGAACUCUGUGAACCACAGAGCUAUUGCCCAAUGCAUCACCAGGACCAUAAAGCUGAGCUUUUGAGGUACCGCAGUCAGAGCAAAGCAUGGACUGAGGAGCGGCAGCUCCGGGAACAGAUUGCUUGUCUCAUGAAGGAUGAGGAUUCAAGCGCAGGAAGGAGCUGCCAUCAUGGUGGUCACUGGCUCACACCAUGGAUGCCUAGAGAAGAAGUAGUGACUUCUGUGGAAAACCAGCCCAAUGAUUUACCAAAAAAUACUCAGCAGGCCAAGACAUUUGAUUACAAAAGUCAAGUCAGCCUGGGUUCCAGUGAGUAUUAGGAGCCUUCUUGCUUCAGCUACAAAGUUUACAGUAAUCAGGGAGAAUUCCUCCAUUCUUUCUUUUAAAAAUAAAAAAGAGAGAUAACAAAUAUUUCAGGAUGAGAAAUGGGCUCAGAUUAUCUCAUGUUCCAUAUGAAGAAGUAUCCUGUUGCUUGUGAUGUCCCAGCAAGAACUUUAAACCACUGUGGUAUGAACAUCUUCAUUCAUUGCCUGCUAUCCAAGCCUUUCUCUAGCUCUCUGUGAUCCAUUUGGUAACACUUAUCAUCCCAAAACAUGCCCCAGACUCUUUUCCACCUGAUACCCAGUCUUAGGAAACACUGUAACUUGGGUUAUUGCCAGCUCACAAUCAGAUAUACCCCUAACUGGACACAAAAUCUUUUUAGACUAUAGCCAUAGAUGGAUAUUCAUUCCAGCUUCUCAAACAAAUCUCCUCCCAAUUCUUGUCAUGGCCCAGUAGAAUGAGCUUCAAGAAUUAGGUCCAGUACCAUUCUGGAGAAGAAUUUGGAACUAUGCUCAAAGGGCUAGAAAACAAUACAUACCUGUUGAUCCAGCGAUGCCACUACUAGUUCUAUAUCCCAAAGAAAUAAAAAAAGAUUGGGCGGUAGGGGAAAGGACCUCUGUGUACAAAAUAUUUAUAGCUGCCCUUUUUGUGGUGGCAAAGAAUUGGAAAUUGAGGAGAUAGAUGCCCAUCAAUUCGGGGAAUGG